AAAUUUGGGCAAAUGUGUUAAAAAAAGCAGUUUCUUAGCCUGUUGCAUGUUUGAGGUGCAGCAACAAACGACCAUCGAAACCGUCCGUAUUCGAUCCGACGCUGAGGUCAGGUACCUGCGAAAGGUAAUUCGGCCCCGGCUGAGUUGAGGAAAUUGAGCAGUGAGUCAGAAGCACGAGACCUCCCCCCUCGAGCUCCCGUAUCUCAGGAACCUUUUGGCCUUUCGGUGGCGGUGGGUCAGGACAGGAAAGAAAAUGAUCAGGCCUUAGGACGGAUCGUCCCUCGCUAAUUCAUCAGUUUGCAAUAUACUGUAGUCUCGUCUGUCUGUCUUGCUCUGCCUAGUAGCAUAAGACGUUCUUGGUCAGGAUUCUUGCAACGCGCAGGAUGAGGAACUGGCAGGGGGAGGAAGAAGAGGGGUUCAGGUUGGUGGUGUGAUCGUUGCCGCAGCUGGGAAGAGAGUUGCCGGCGGAAUAUGGUUUGACUCGUGAAAUGGACCUGCAAUGGAUGGAUAUUCAGCUGUAGGGAAAGACGGGAAGAUGGGUUAUGCAGGAGCCGGACAGUGACAGUUUAUUCAAUAGCAUAAGGCCACAGAGAGGUGAGGGCAGGGUGUUCGGGGAGAUUGAGGAGAUUGAGGUUGCCGAGGAGACUGAAGCCAUGGUGGAUCAGGUAGCAGCGUCUCGAGGUUGGGAAGGGGACUGGCCCAAAAGCACAAAGUAUGUGGUAUGGAACGAGUUUUGCGAGCGGUUUUCGUUCUAUGGGCUGAAGACGAUUUUGGCCCUUUUUAUGCUAGACUUUCUGCACCUCAGCGAGACAUCUUCCACUGAACUUGUGCAUCUAUUUAUUGUCAUUUGCUACGCUACUCCCUUGCUCGGCGCGGUUCUCAGCGAUGGCGUUUUGGGCAAGUACCGCACUAUACUCUACUUAUCCAUUGUAUACGCCGUGGGUAAUUGGGUACUGACAGCAGCAGCUCUACCUGACACUAGUAAACCUGCUGGCCAAAGAACAGCGUUUUGGGCAACAGCUUGUGGCUUGUUUCUGAUAGCCUUAGGUACUGGUGGUAUCAAACCCUGUGUAUCGGCGUUUGGAGGCGAUCAGAUUGAGGGUACAAUUCCAGAAGGUCCUGUCAGAGACAGAAUUCAACGCUCAUUCUUCUCAUUGUAUUAUGCUGCUAUAAAUGCUGGGGCAGUGAUAUCUACCGUUCUGACUCCACUCUUGAGAGAGUACUACGCCUAUUCAAUUGCAUUCUCCGUGCCUGCACUUUUGAUGAUGGUCGCACUUUUUAUCUUCUGGAGUGGCCAAAAGUUCUAUGUGGACAGGGCUCCCGAAGGCAAUAUUUUUGGUGAGGUUGGCUUGAUUGUAUAUGAUGCGAUAAAGCUUCAGGUUACAAGUAAAAAACCAAACCCAGAGCGACAACCUCUUCUUAACCCCGACAAAACAGACGCAGAUCGCAAACGAGAAGAAAAGUCCAAGUCCUUUUUGGAUAUUGCGAAACCGAAGCACGGUAAUGACAGAGUGGAGGAUAUCAAAGGCUUGAUUCAGGUUGUGAUUGUCUUGCUACCUACUCCUUUGUUCUGGUCUCUCUCCGACCAGCAGUCUUCGAAGUGGAUCUUCCAGGGUGCCGACAUGAAACUUGACAUUCCAUGGCUUGGUGGUGUAGUUGUUCAGCCAGACCAGAUGCAGGCUUUGAAUCCGAUUUUGAUUCUAGUGUUGAUUCCACUAUUUGACCAGUUGAUAUAUCCCUUCUUCGAGAACCGAGGGGUCCCUUUGAAACCUAUACCUCGUAUGUGGAUGGGUUUGGUCCUCAGUGCCGUUGCUUUUGUCAACUCCGGACUACUUCAAAUAUGGAUAGACACGUCUCCUGCAGAUUCAGUCUCAAUCCUUUGGCAGAUACCCCAAAACGUUAUUGUGACAGCUGGAGAAAUAUUGUUCAGCAUCACAGGUUUAGAGUUCGCGUAUUCUCAAGCCCCAGCCUCUAUGAAGUCGAUCGUUAUGUCAAUAUGGCUGUUCACUGUUGCUGGAGGAAACAUUUUCACAAUCAUUAUUGUUGCCGGAGUUGGAACUAGUCUUUCCAAAGCAAACGAGUUUUUCUUUUUUGCUGUACUGGCCAUGGUUGCUGUAUUCGCAAUGAUAUGGCUCAGUUCCGGUUUCUCCUACAAGCACGAAGCUUAUGUGACUGAUCCAGAAGAUCCUCAUCAUGUCAGUUCUGAAGAGAUUGCAUCCAGUAUGACCUGAGACCAUAUCACGCGGGACCAACCCUGGACCCAAGCAUCAAGUUUAUUCACAUCUUCAGCAUUAUCUCGUCACUCCAGGUUUUUUUGUACAUUUGGCUCCUUUCCUGGUGACGACAAUUUGUGUAUUCUCUUCUGACAAUCAUCCUCCUCAUUCUCACUGAGACUAGAAUUUAUGCAAUGGUUGGAGCUUUCGCGUAAGCUUUGCCAAACCCCGACCUAUCUGUAAAAAAUGUCAUGAAAACUUCAGGACUUUAUCAUUCAUGUCAAUACUUCAAAUUUAAAAAAAAUACAAGCAGAAACGGUUAAGACAUGUUUGACCUUGUGUGUGAGUUUCAUCGGGUCUAGUGUGCAGAAACAUAGUAAAUUUGUUUUGGUUUCAGCACCAACUAGAGAUUUCAAUAUCCUCUGGGCAUUCGCUUGCUGACGAUUAUCUUGGAAAUUCUGACUUCUAUCGCAACAGUCGAUCAGGAUGUUUCAGUUUGGUGUCUGAUACUACGAUUGACUCUAUUGUAUUAGCCAUAGCUUGCUGCCAUUCAUGAUACCACA